AUGAUUUACUAUCAACAAUCGCGCACUUAUUCCGUGCAAACAUCAUCGACAUCUAUCAAGCAUCACGGUGGAUACGCAUUCCUUUGUCAGAAGUAUAACUAUAAUACAGACUACGUAUUUAUGGACGACGGAACAUGGCAUGCAUGGAUCAACCUGGUGAAGGCAAUGGCCGGUGUGGGCAUAUUUGCUCUCCCUGUCGCAUUCCAGCAGGCUGGACUUUGGGUAGGGACCAUACUAACAUUCAUUCUUGGAGUCGCCAACGCCCACUGCAUGAUAAAGCUGGUGAAAUGCUCACAGUAUCUUAGCAAGAUGAAAGAAGCUAAACAAUGUGUUCCAACAAGCUCUUCGAAACGUCCUUCGUCACCAGUGCCUUACUGUGCGACAAACAACAAGAAGGAUUACACUAAUUCGGAUGCUACACGCUCCGAAAAGCGAGCACUGCAGGAUAGCCAAAAAUCUGAUGACAACCGUAGUACUAGGACCGAGUCUCUGAAGACGACUGAGACGAAGACAUCGGAAACCCCGGAUCCGCCAUUCAAUCCUUCAAUGAGUAGAUCGGACUCCACCCAGCAUGAUUCUUCAGAAGCAACUCAACGUGGUGUGGAGGAGCUCGAAAACGACGAGACAUCCGCGAAGGAAAAGAAUGACAGCCAAUUGACCGAAUCAAUUAAUAGGAAAAUAGCGCUGGACUACGGUGACAUGGCGAAGGAAGCUUUCAUAACUUCGAGGACCAGGACUAAGGUUUCUCGCCUUGCCGGCCAAUUAUGUGGCACAAGCUUCGCUCUUACCACAGUCAAUGAGCAGCCAAUCAUUAAUCACCUUAUUUCUGAGAUGAUCGAAUUCUUCUUCGGAGUUGAUAUCUCGGUCAAGAUCAUUUUCGUCGUCAUGGUGCCGUUCUUCAUAUUGCUCACAAGUGUUCAAAAUGUUUUUUUGAUGUCAUGCAUUUCACUGAUCGGGAAUGUGCUGAUCACAAUUGCCUUAGCCAUUGGGCGUGCUCGUGUCUAG